GCACUCGGAGUGUUCACCGCUCCUGCGCUCGUGCGGGCGACAACUUGUUGAGUAUUCUCAGUCGGGGGGUGGCUGCCGAGCCGCCCCCGGCCCCUGAAGGCCCUCCGCGGCCCCCGCAAGCCCCCGCAAGCCCCCGCGCGCGUCCCCGGACGCGCGACCGAACACUUCAACAAUGGCCGUCCUCUCCCCCGAGGUCCAGGCGGCCUUUGAGCGGGCCGAGGCGGCGCUCCUGCACCAGAACCCGGGCCUCGAGCCGGCGGACCUCGCGGCCGUCGCGGCCGCGGCGCUCGGCGCGGGCGCCGGCGGCCUCUUCGAGGACGCGGCGCCGGACGCGGCGCCGGACGUCGCGGCGGCGGGCGGCGACGCGCUCUUCGGCGCCUUCGCGGCCCAGUACGCCGAGGCGAGCCGGGGCCAGGUGCUCCACGUGCGGCGCCACGUGCUCGACCGCCUCGACGGCACGCGGCUCCUCGUCACGAACCCGGAGCUGAGCCUCGUCGACGCGGUGACGCUCACGGAGGGCGCGUCCUACGCCCACGCCUACAAGCGGCCCGACUUCAAGCCGCUCGUGACCAAGGACGGCGCCUUCGUGCUCGGCGUCCGCGACCACCUCACGCGCGGCGCGGACGAGUUCCUCCACCAAGACGCGGCCAUCGACCUCAAGGACCUGGCCGCCGUCAAGGAGCGCGCGCGCCUCUCGAAGAUCUCCAACAAGCUCAAGCCCAAGUUCCGCCGACGCCUGUGAUCGACCGUUUUGUGUCCCUUCGGCCGCCGCUGCACGCGGCGGCCGCGACGCGCCCCCCCCCCCCGCACACUGCGCAUACGCCCGCGCCGCGCGACCGCGCGCGGCCCUGUUCAUCCGUAACCACACACUGGACCCC